ACGUCAGCGCAUGACUGUGUUUUUAUGAAUGAAAGGAAUCCGCGGGUGAGUAAUCGCGGGCAGCUCGGGCCGGAGGCGCAGCGCGCCCCGCCCGCCCGCCGCGGGGACGAGCGCGGCCUCUCCCGGGCUGGCACGGGGCGACCAUGGCUGCGGAUGGGCUCUCCAGCAAGGCACUGAAGGUGAAGCGGGAGCUGGGGGAGAACACGCCGCUGCUGUCGGAUGAGGAGCUGAUGGGGCUGUCGGUGCGGGAGCUCAACCACCACCUGCGGGGCCUCUCCAAGGAGGAGGUGGCGCGGCUGAAGCAGCGCCGGCGGACGCUGAAGAACCGGGGCUACGCCGCCAGCUGCCGGGUGAAGCGCGUCUGCCAGAAGGAAGAGCUGCAGAAGCAGAAGAUGGAGCUGGAGUGGGAGGUGGACAAGCUGGCCCGGGAGAACGCCGCCAUGCGCCUGGAGCUCGACACCCUGCGCGGCAAGUACGAGGCCCUGCAGGGCUUUGCCCGCACCGUGGCCGCCCACGGGCCCCCCGCCAAGGUGGCCACCGCCAGCGUCAUCACCAUCGUCAAGUCCGGCACCAACCAGGCCGCCUACUCCUAGUGCCGGCCCCCCAUCCCCCGGCAGGGCACGGACCCCCCCCCCCCGGGGUACCUUCCCCCACGGAUCGACUCGAGGGUUGCCUCCCCAAGCCCUCCCUGACCUCUCCUCCGCUGGGACACGUCCCCCAAAUCCUCCCCCUCCGGUCCCCAGACCUCCUCUUGCUGGGUCAGCUCUCUCCAUGCAGGGAGAGCUGCCACCACGUGUGUGCUGGGGUGGACAGGACCCCAUCGGGGACCCCCGUGGAGGCAGCGGUGGCUCCCAAAACCUGGCACUACCCCACGGUGCCAUCCCCUGCUACAGCCCCCCCUGUCCGGGCACCCCUCUCCCUGGUGGGUGCGUGCAGGAGGGGAUGAGCCCACGCGGCUGGAGGCAGGGAAACGUCCCGUGGUGCCAAGCUGGUAGGAAAAUGGUGUGCCCCUUUUUUUGGGGAGGAUGGGGGAGAGCUGAGCGCAGCGCAGGCGCUCCCAGGAGCAUGUACCAGGGAGGGAAAUGGGGAGAGAGAGAGUUUGGUGGCGAUGGGCAGAUGGAAAAAGAUGGAAAGGGGCUGGGAUCGGCCCCAUGAGAUGGGAUGGAGAUGGUGAGGGAAAGUGGCAGGUCAGAGGGGGGGAGAGAAAGUGGCUGCAGGUUGGUGCCUGGGAAUGGCUGGGCAGGUGGGGAAGCGCUGGGGGAGCCCAGAGGUGACGGUGAUGGAGGGGGGAGUCCUUUGGGCAGGGAACAUGAGGGGCUCAGCCCAGGCUGUUGCCCAUGAAGGGGAGAAGCAGAGGUGCUGUUUUCCCUGUCCCCAUCACGCACAUCCUUCACGCCUCUUCCUGCCCGCGGGACGCUCGGCCCAGCCGGGCGUUUCUGCAACGCCGAGGCAUGGGCAGGAAGGAAGCAGAGGCAGCUGGAGCGGCGAUAAAACGCUGUUUUGCUCGGCGCAGGCCAGCUCGGACAGCCAGGCCAAGCCCAGCGCGCGCUCCCCUGCGCCCCGUUGGCCAUAAAGCACACGGAAAGGCCGUCCUGGCCUCUGGGAGCAGGAAUCGAGGCGGCGAGAAUUACAGGGAGAGGUGGGGGCGCGGGAGGUGGGGAGCCAGGGCACAGAGCAUCCCUGCUCCUGGGAGCCGCCCCGCCGGUGGUCAUGCCUCCCUUGGGGUUUUCCUCCAGCUUGGACCCCAGCACGGGACGACCGGCUCUUCAGAAGGCUUAAGAGCCAGAGGAGAGCUGGGUUUGGUGAGCACCGGGGAGGUAGCGGGAGGCAGACGCCUCGUGUGGCCUCUGCCGCCACCUGUGAUCGCCCCUUUCUGCCCCUGCCGGGGUAUCGCCACGCCAGCCGCCUCGGCUGCAGCCUCCAUCCCUCCCCAAAAAGAGGUGCCUGCCGCUCACGGGGAGGGCACCGCGGUUAGAGUCCCCCCCCCCUACCCCGACUCCUCUUGGGUUUAUUUAUUGCACGACCGUAAGUUAUUUUCACGUCCUCUUUGCCAUUCCGCCUCUCGGCACAGCCAGGAUGUUGGUACAGAGCCGUACUUUAUAUUUUAUAUAUGCAAAUCACAUUUUAUCUUAUACUUAUAUAGAGCAAAAAAAAAAUAUUUAUUUUCUGACUUACAGUAUGUGUCCUACCCGACUCCUCUGUAUUUUGUAGACUUUACAAAUAAAGCAAGUUGUUGUUUUUUUUGUUUUUUUUUUUU